AUGGCGACCGUUGAAAAGACCAAAGAGCAACCCAAGAAGCUCCAGCCCAAGAAGCUCCAGCCCAAGAAGCUCCCCGUGCAAGAGGACCUCUCCUCUGGAGAAGACUAUGACAGCGCCGAUGACUACACCGACGAAUCUGAGGACGAAGUACCACAAACCAAGACCCAGAAGAACAAACAACUUCAGAAGAAACCACUGCAGAAACAAAAACAACCCGUCCAAUACGACGACGACGACUACACAGACGGAUCUGAAUAUGACGAAGACGACUACGAAUAUUCCGACGAUGAAGCCAUACAGCCCUACUCGAAUGAAAACUCAAGCUUCAAGCCCAGCGGCGGCAUGGACGUCCUCCAGAAGGAAGAGAAAUCCAUGCUGGACGAGGAAGGCAUGAAGUUGAGAUUGGAACUGAAUCUGGAAAUCGAGGUCGAGCUCAAGGCACGCAUCCAUGGUGACCUCACCCUAGCUCUCAUGUAA